ACCUGGACAAGCGCUGCCCGGCCGCCUCUUCUCGCGCUCCCGCACACCACCACCCCCACCCCCCCGCCCGUCCGCCCGGCCCCGCUCCUUUCCUGCUGCUUACUGCAGUGUUGGGGGGAGGGCAGAUCUGGACCAAGAUGGCGUUGCUGCUGUUGCAGUUUCUCCCAGGGUCAGCACUGGAACAGCUCCCGCCUUUGCUUUCCUAUUAGCGCCGGCGACCGCGGCUCUGAAGUUCUGCAGUCGCUCGGAAGCUUCUUUCCCGCCGGGGCGUUAUUGCUGCCCUCUGGUCGUUUCCUCUCGCCGCUCUAGCCUCUUCGCUCCUGUGGAGGGCUCCUGUUUUGGUGCAAAGCUUCCCUCUCUGUGGCAGCCGGACCUUGGGGAGGGGGGGGGGGGAGAAGGGGUGGUGGUGAGCCGAGCGUGAGACCGUAUUUUGGGCUCUUGCAGGCGCUCGCGAGGCUGUGUGCAUUCUUUGGGUGACGGCAAGCAGUCCGACCCGGCACGAUUUUAUUUUGCAGUUGGCAUCGUCUUUUGUUUUCAUUUGACGCUGCAGCCCCGAAUACCAGGGUGGUUGCAUUUUAUUUUAUUUUAUUUUGCCUCAAAAAACAGCCCUUAUCGCCGUGGUGGUGGUAGUUCUUUAAGCGACUCUCUCUAAUGCUACCCUUUGCAAGUGUGGCAAUUUCUAGCCGAGCCCACUUCAUCCCGUGGAUACCUGAAGGAGACGCAUCGGGAUAAUAACAUGGAGGAAGAGGAGGAGCUGCAGUCUUGAAUUCCCUGGCUGUGCUGUCAAGAAGAGAGGAGAUGGUGAUUUUUAAUGUGACACCCGUGCAACUUCUGGAGUUGUGAGAGCUUUUAAUCUCCCCUGCAUCCCACCGCCUCACCUGCCUGGUGCCCACCGCCUUUGCUAUUUAUUUAUUUAUUUGUUUUUUUAAAUCUACUUUUCGUUCUCUCGUCUUCGUACUUCCCACAACCCCCCUCCCCACUUUUCUGCUUUUGCCAUGGGAAUGGUGGCAAAUCUCUUGGCUAUUGUCAUGUCGGCUUCAUUUUUCAACCCCAGCUUUGCCUUCAGUUCGCACUUCGACCCUGAUGGCACUCCCUUGAGUGAGCUCUCCUGGUCUUCCUCUCUGGUGGUGGUGGCCGUUUCCUUCUCAGGACUCUUCACCUUCAUCUUCCUCAUGUUGGCCUGUCUGUGCUGCAAGAAAGGGGGCAUUGGCUUCAAGAGCUGGAGAAACGAAUCCCGGGAGAAGAGGCUGAGGAUGGUUUUGAGGUGUCUGCCCUGCACGGGGUCCAGCACAGUGCCCAAAACAGCCUGUAAUGUAGAACUGGGGAACCCUGGGCAGCCUUCCCCCUGCCCCCUGACCAAGGAAUUCAGUAAUGCCGACGGAGAGGAAUAUCCUAGUGAAUUCUCAGCUCAAGGCUCACCAGCCACCCAGAAUGGCCCUGAAGUUUAUAUUCUGCCUCUCACCGAAGUAUCUUUGCCAAUGUCUAGGCAACCUGGGCGCUCAGUGCAGUUGCUCAAAUCCACUGACCUGGGACGUCACAGUCUGCUAUACCUCAAAGAAAUUGGCCAUGGAUGGUUUGGCAAGGUGUUCCUCGGUGAGGUAAAUGCAGGGUUGAGCAGUACUCAGGUGGUGGUGAAGGAGCUUAAGGCCAGUGCCAGCGUGCAGGAUCAAAUGCAGUUCUUGGAAGAGGCACAGCCUUACAGGGCACUCCAGCAUACCAAUCUCCUGCAGUGCUUGGCGCAGUGCGCAGAGGUGACCCCCUAUCUGCUGGUGAUGGAAUUUUGCCCAUUGGGUGACCUGAAGGGCUACCUACGAAGCUGCCAUGCUGCAGAGGCUCUGGCACCUGAUCCUUUGACAUUGCAACGCAUGGCCUGCGAGGUAUCCUGUGGCUUGCUGCAUCUUCAUCGCAACAACUACGUCCAUAGUGACUUGGCCUUGCGGAACUGCUUACUCACAGCUGACCUUACUGUCAAAAUCGGUGACUAUGGCCUUUCUCACUGCAAAUACAAAGAUGACUACUUUGUGACCACCGACCAACUAUGGGUUCCAUUACGCUGGGUAGCCCCCGAAUUGAUUGAUGAAGUCCACGGCAACCUGCUGAUCGUCGACCAGACUAAGACUAGCAACAUCUGGUCUUUGGGUGUGACUAUCUGGGAGCUGUUUGAGUUGGGUGGCCAGCCCUACUGCCAUUAUUCCGAUCGGCAAGUCCUCACUUACGCUAUCAAAGAGCAGCAGCUUAAACUUCCCAAACCACAGCUUCCGCUCUCACUAUCUGAUCGCUGGUAUGAGGUUAUGCAGUUUUGCUGGCUUCAGCCAGAGCAGCGCCCCACCGCAGAGGAGGUGCACCUUUUGCUCUCCUACCUCUGUGCCAAGGGGGCUUCCGAAGUGGAGGAGGAGUUUGAGAGGCGCUGGAAUUCCAUGAAACCCGGAGGCACCGGCGGUUCAGGCUCUGGCUCUAACCACAUGGGUUUGGAGCUUUCCUCCUUCCCUCUUCUGGAGCAUUUCUCCAGUGAUGGUGACGAUGUUCUCACUGUGAUGGAGACAAGCCAUGGCCUCAACUUUGAAUACAAAUGGGACCAAGGGAAAGCUGAACAUCUCCCAGCCUCAGCCAUGAGCCCUGGUGGGGCUGCACGCUAUCAUGAGCUCUACUAUUCGGCGAGCAGCAGCAGUGGAGGUGGGCACCUCAGCCUGGGGGUGUCCCCCUCUUGCUAUGAAUGUAAAAUGCAGGGAUGCCCUGGUUUGCACACACCGGGCGUGGUCCCUGUGCUGAGUGCCCAUAGCCCUUCUCUGAACAGUGAGUACUAUAUUCGCAUUGAAGAGGUGGCAUCUGAAGGCAGCGGGAAUGACCUUGAUUAUACCGUGUGUUCCUACAGCCCUGAGUUCAGCCAUUCUUCACACUGGCAAACCAAGGAGGACCACUAUGAAUCCAACAAUAGUCCCACCAUCUCACUCACCAUGGAACCCCUCCUGGGUCAAUCAGCACACCCUGAAAGCCACUGGGAACCCUCUGACUAUUACUCCUAUGGAGAACAAGACAGUAAAGAGGCCCCAUACUAUGAGGACUCCCUGAAGGACAAUGCUGAGGAAUACCUACUCAAGGAUCCCAGUGCUUCUGAGUGGCCUGGUCUAGCUUUGCAGAAAAGCAUUUUUGCUGAUCCACUUGGUGUGUCACCAUCAGUAAAUUACACCUGUAAGGAGGCUCUAUCAGAUUCAGUCAUUUUGGAAGUGGCAGAGGAGGAGCGCUUGAGUGAUAGUCCUAGGAGUGAAAGAAAUGAAAACUCUGAAUCUCCCUCUUCAGGCAAGCCUUGGACAUCUGACAUCUCAGUCAAAAAUGAUAACGAUCACCUACUGCCAUCAUGUGAACCCCUUGCCAAAGAUAGCUGGUGCUACCGACAUAUGAUCACCUUCCAGGGACUAAUGGCACAGCCACUGGACACAGUGCCACGGGAUGAGCCAACAUUAGGGAUCAAAGAUCUGCGAGCAGCUCUGCUAGGUGGGGAACACAUGACAUCAUCAUCCCAUAUAGGCUCCCAAUGUCCAGACAGCGAUUUUCCUGCAGAAGAAAAUGACUCAGUUGAAAGUGCUGCUACAUUGCCUGGCAUAGAAAGCUCUACAGAUCCCUUGAUAGACAGCAGAGUGGAGAGCCCAGAAGCCACCACCCCACCAUUGGGGGAAGAUGUUUUGAUGGGUCUGUCGUCAACAUCAUCACCCUUAUCUUCCAAGGAAGAAGUUGCCAGCAGCAUGGAGGCUAUAGAUCCAACUCUGCUGGAUGAAUCAAUAGCUGAGGUGUCAAACAUAGAAGAAGACCCUAUGGAAGAGACCUCCACUGGAUGCUCACCUAAGUUGCCACAGGAGAUCAAUAUAGAAAGUGGCAAGAACACCAGUAGUGAACAAGAUAGAACACCAGACAAGACUGUUUCCAGUACAAGUUUCCCUGACUUGGAUGAGGCCAGUGAUGAGGACUCAACUGAUCUUACAUCUGGAGUUUUUAUUGACUUCCCAGUUGACUGUCUUGAGCAGCAAGAUAUAAUCCCCACUUUCAAAACCUUACAGAAGCAAGUAGGGACCCCAGAUUCACUAGAUUCAUUGGAUAUCCCCUCUACCACCAGCUCCUGUGACACCUUCAGUCCCAUAGCUUAUAUAUCCUCAAGCCAGCCUAAGGCUCUGGAUAGUGGCUAUGAUACAGAGAACUAUGAGUCACCUGAAUUUGUCCUCAGGGAACCUCAUGAGUCACGAGAAUCUGAAGGUUCUGAUAAACUGGGAACAUCUGAAGAUGAUAAGGAUGAUCAAGUCAAAGAGCAGAGUCUCUCUGAUUCUUUUACUGCUGAGCUGCAGGCGUUAAAUGAGAAGAAUCCUUACCGUGACUCUGCAUAUUUCUCUGACUAUGAUACUGAAGGUGGCACUCGGGAAGAUGGAGAAGAGGACAGUGAUGCUUCUGAGGAACAUGAACCAGAAGUCUCCCAGUCACACACUGAAGAACUGAAGGAAAACUUUGAACCAAUUGGCAGGACAGAUGAGCCUUUGCCAGCUGGUCCUGAGCCCAUUUGUCCACAUGAAGACUGUGUGGGUUGCAUCUCUCCAGGAACGGAGGACCAGGACACGGGGAAAGACAGAGAUAUUAACUUGUCACAGGAACUGUUGGUGAAUGAAGCAACUGUUGAUAAGUUGGAUUCAAACCUAUUUCAGGAUAAGAAUAAUGGGAUUGUUGUGCAAUCCCAGACACCAGCCCCCACCACCAGAUCUUUUGUCUUGUCUCCUGUGGUCAUCAAUCUAGAGGAACCCACCAUAGGUGGUGAAGAAAAUGAGGUAAAGGAUUCAGGACAGGAGAAUGUGACAAAGAACACUGAACAACCUGAGGAACGACAGGCAACUGGCCCUCCCAAGGAACUUCAGAGCAACCUUGGUCUCUCGCUCAAAUUGUCAGUGGUACCAUCCCAGCUUUCAUGUAGCCCCACUGAUCCUGAAGAGGAAGAAGAUGAUACUGAGGACAGUGAUGAGUCAGAUGAGGAGCUGCGGUGCUACAACAUUCAGGACCAGAGUGAGGAAAGUGAGGAGGAAUCACCUGCUGUGCCCAUUGUAGUGGCUGAGAGCCACAGUGCCCGUAACCUGCGCAGUCUGCUUAAGAUGCCCAGCCUAGUGGUGGAGACAUUUUGUGAUGACCUUGAGCGUAAGAAGAAAGCUGUUUCCUUCACCGAAGAUGUUACUGUCUACCUCUUUGACCAGGAAAGUCCCACAAAGGAACUUGCAGAGCAGCCUUUCCCAGGAGUGACAGAAGCUUCGCCAACGCCACCUGGGCAGGUGGAGAGCAAAGCUUCCUCAGGCUUAGCAGAUGAGAUAAAUACACCCAACAGCACCUCAGAAGGGAGCUCCUCUGAAGAGAAUACAAGUGGUGGCUUUGGAUGGGAUGAUGACUUUUCCCUCAUACCUGUGAAAUCACCUGUCCUGUCCUCAUUGACCUCAGAGGCACCUGAGGACAGUCUCCACAGACUGUCACCCACACUAGUAUCUGCUCAGAAGCAAGUGCUGCCCAUCCAGUUUUCACGCUUCACAGUCUCACCUGCUGCAGUAUCACGGUUCUCCAUCACACACGUCACUGAUUCAGAUGUUCAGCCUGUAGGAGGCAACAGUGAAAAUGGCAACAGAGAGUGAACUUGGCUAUCUCUCCCUUUUGGACUUCCUACUUUGCCCCCAUGGCACAGUUUCUGCACCAGGGGACAUGAGCACGGAUGAGGCCCAGGAGCUCGCUGGAGCAGAACUCUGCAGGGCCUCGUUCAGAUUUUAUUGGACAGAUUUUGACUGCCGCUGGGCUGGAGCCACCUUACCAUGAGGUGGUUUGCGAUGGUUGUGCAAACAUGAGUGUGUGUGUGUGUGUGUGUGUGUGUGCACGCAUGCACACACACCCAAGAAGGUGUUUGUGUACAAAUAGACACAUAUAGACAUAUAGAACCUAUAGCAUUUAAAGGGUAGAUCUGUGACUUUGCUAACAUUGCCACAUAAGCCAUUGUAAUAUUCCUAGCUCAUGCCUCUUGAUGUUCUGACCCACAACGACUUCCCCAGUUGGGGCACUGCCCUGAGACAUCCUCCCCCUGCCUGUUCUGUGAGCUUAUCGUGUCUUCUUUCCACGCCCCAUAGGGGAUAUUGAGAGAGCACGUAGCCUUGCGCCUUGUGCCAUUCCAACAUGCUUCAGGUGGAUCCUCAAGCACUGGUACUUGUGUCUUGCCACAGGGGGCAAGCUCUCCUUGUCCUUUCUUCAGUGUGCUGUGUCCAAAUAUCAGGUGGAGUUGAUGGUCCAGCAGACACAAUCAGUUACCAGAAGAGCCAGAGACAAGUGUAGGCCAAACACCUGAAACAGGUAGGGGAGCCAGCUGAAGUGAAGGUCACAUUUAAUGUUUUGAGCAGGGAAGACUCCUAGUCUCAGCAGCCAUUCCCCCCCCCUUUUUUGCUUAUGUUUUUCACUGACCCUGUCACUCAGCUGCAUCAUGGUUGCAGAACUCAAAAUUGUCCCCACCCACCUCCUUUUGAGAAUCACAGUCUGGUCCCAGGUACUCAGCUCUGCUGGAGACUUUGCCUUCUGUUUAUGGGCAGGAUCAAUAUGAGCAGCCCGGAAAUGGUGUCUGGAUGGCCUUCAGCACUUCCUAUUUCUCCUCCUCAGCUUUGAGAGCAGCCUGAAUCCCAGGAGGUGGAAUGGGAGUACAGGAAUUUAAAAAAAAACAAAAAACUUAUUUAAAUGUUUUGCUGGUUGGGAGAGACUGUGGUGCUGAGACCUACCAAAUGCUAUCUUCCCAUUUUCUGCCAUCUUCAUCCUUUCUCUAUUACAGCAUUAUUCAGGGAGUGCCUCCCAGAGAGCCAUGAUGUGACCUGCUGGGAAUGUGAGAGGAAUACCAAGUCUUAGGGGUGGGUUUUUCUCCAAACUUCGUCACCCUUCAGCUGCAGAAAGAAAUGCCCGGCAGAUGCAUAGCAAAAGCAGAUCAAACUGCCAUUGAAACUAUUUUUGUACAAAGUUUACCCAUUACUGUAUCACCUGCCCUAACAGAGUGGCAGAUUUAAGUUAUUGUUGCCAAAGAGAUGUAAAGAGUUAACUUUUAUCAAGGCAUCUUGGGCAAGGGUGGGGGGGGGAACAGCUGGGGGAGAAGGAAAGUAAUAGUUUUGGGAUUAUUUUGUUUGUUAGAUUUUGAUUAGUUCAAGGUUUAGGAUAAUUGUGCAAUUUGGACUGUGGGGUAAAAUGGAAAACAAGUCAGAGGCAUGUUGCACUUAGGAGUUGUGGCUCAUGGGGACUAUAGACCAAUCAUUGGAUUUGGAAAUUGGGGUGGUGGUGGUGGUGGUAAAGAGACAAGAGCAAAAGGCAGCUGGUAGCUACUGGGCCAUUUCCUCACAGAGUCAGAGGAAACACAUAGGAGACCCUACAGAGCUGCAGAAUGUUUGUGUGUUGUGCUUCAUUGUGCUUCCAGUUUGGAGUAUGUUGUGACUACAGGUGGCAAGCUUGGCACUGGUAUUGAUGCCCGAUCCUGGUUCAUGAGCACAGCUUUCAUUUUCAUGGUUUACAUAGACAUAGCCACGUGUGAGGCAAUGAUUCAUCAUCCCUCUAUUAGGCAGCAUUUAGGUGAUAGUGACAGCCAGAUUGUUUUGGCUUACUUUCUCCUGCCACCGCUACCCACAUCAGUUCCAGCCAGCUGGAGAAGUGUUUCAUAAGGUGCAGUUCUAAGUGUAAACUUAGUGGAGCAAGACAUCUUUUAAGAUGCUGCAUGUUUUCAGCCAGUUAUGUUUUCUUCCCCCAGAGUCCGAAUGCUUUCUAUGUCUGACAUUUCUUGCUAAGACCCUUUUGUGAGUUGUUUUCUUUGUUCAAAGAGGUUCAAAGGUCACCAGAAUCUGUUCACAGCCUCCUUUGGGUGGUGGAGACCUAUAUGCCUUUUCCUCCACUUCUUCUGAAGCCCACCAUGGGCAACACAGAUGCCCCACUGCCUCAUUUCUCCCCACAUUCUCAUUUCUGCUGCUGGCUGGUGAACCCAAAUGAAUAAUACUUGUCCUUCCUUGGACUACCAUAUAUUUCCUUAGCAUGAUCAGAACACAACAGCCUGCUUGUGGGUUUAGGACACUCUUACUUGCUUUUUUUGAACCAGAGUCCCUGAGAAAACGAGUGCCAGGCUCCAGUAUGGAGCUGGAUUUAGAGACAGCAUUCCUGUUCCUUAUUGGUUCCCCCCCCUUUUUUUGUUUUUUUGUUUAAGGGUUGGUUUAAUUUUGAUGCCAACUUGAGAAGGAGGCAACACCGGAGCCAUGUUGACCUACACCAGCAGCUACUGAACCCAGAAGCCAGGGAGAGCUGAAGGGAACCUUUGUAUACUUUGCUGUCUGCAUUUUGCCCACUAACAUCAAAAGAGAGAUAGGCUGAACUGUGCCCAUUCCAAAAUUUCAAUCCAAGCAAGUCCUUCUGACCAAUGGCUUUGGAAAGAAAUGUGUGCGAACUAUAGAUGUUUUCUAGAGAAGGUGUCAUUUAUUGGCCUCUGGCUGAAUGCACUUUCAAAAUACUUCACUAUCACAAAUCAAUUUGGGAGCAGCUGAGAUGUAUGCCAUGACACAGGUUUAGUGGAACUCUCCCUUUCCUCCUCAUUGGGUGCCAAGGACAUUGGCAUCAUCUGGAAAUGGAAUCUGGUGGUCUACAUUUCCCAUCCACACUCCAUCUUUUUCUGCAAACCAAAAUGGUGGUAUAUAAUUCUAUUGAGUAUUCAAAGACUGGAACCUAGGUUAGUUAGGACAGGCUGAAUGAGGAACAGAUAGGGUCUUGACCUCUUGGUAAUGAAAUUGACUAAUAAAUAAGAAUGUAUUGGAGCCCAAGUUAAUUCUUCAAACAUACAGCUAACUACCAACCACUUUUAUGGGGUGGUGGUGGAGGUAAAUAUCUUGGUCAGAAAUAAUGUAGCCACUGAAAUUCUUAACUAGACAAAGAUUAACCAAUGAAUGAAAUUCUUCAUUUUCUGCAAUAUACCCAGAGUUCCAUUUCCCUCCCCGGUUAGUUUAGAAAAAUCCACAGGUAUUUUGGAAUACCAGGCUUGUAAUAAAUCCCAAACUGCACCUAAAAGAUCCCAAAUUACCCAUCCUUACCUGAGCUUUUAUAUUGCCCUCUAUAGUACUGUAACUCGUUUAAAAUGCAGUCAGCUGCGUUUCCAAUGGGAUUUGCCCCAUUGGAAGUCCCUUUCCCAAGCUCCCACAAAUUAAAAAAAAGGAGAGAUUAUUAUAAUUGAUUUCUUCCUUUCUUUGCAUUCUCAGAUCUGUUUUCGGCACCUGGAAUAAGAAGAGUUGGGAACUUAAUAGGCAGGGGAAUAAAGGCUGGAUCCACCCAUAGGAGGAAUCUUUGCUUGCUCAUUUUAUACGGAGCAUCUCUAUGAUGCUGUCACAACCCACUCACCUCGGCUCUUUUUUCCAGUUUCUUCCAUUUCUAUUUAUAAACACCACAAGUGUAAGUGAGCUUCAACUUUUUAACAGCUUUGACAUGUGCUGUCUGCUGCACUAAUCUGUUGGGCACCAUGCUAUUCACUCUCAUAGACGGAUAGAUGAAAAAUUGCACUAAAAUGCACUUUCCCUGAAAACAAAUAAACAUUUUAGCAAUAACUUGAAAUAAAAAGCACUUUACCCCCAACUUUAAAAAGUCUAAAGGGGGAGGCUGCAUUUUUGUUCUCCUAUCCAUAUAGCUUUAUGUCUAUGUCCUUCCUUAUGUAUGUGAAAUAUUGCAGAAUGUGCACAGGCUGAUCAAAGAGGAUACCAGUCAAAGGGUGGUUUACGUUUUCUCCCUUCAGGCAUUUUACAAUGCAUCAGAAACUUCAAAAAAAAUUUUUUUUUUUUUUACAAAGCUGAUCUUCUGUUUGGAAUGGAUCAAGUUGAGAGCUCUACCUGAAUUCAAACCCAGCUAAAACUCUCCUUCCUUCAGAUUGAGUCUGUGGUCAGAGAAAAACGUCUGAUCUAGUCAUAUCCUUUAUUUACACAGUAGUGUUUCCCCAACCUUAGCAACUUUAAAAUGUGUGGAGUUUUAACUCCCCAAAAUCCCCAACCAGCAAUACUGGCUGGGGAUUUUGGGGAGUUGAAGUCCACACAUUUUAAAGUAGCUAAGGUUGAGAAACACUGGACUACAAUGUGCAGCUUUCCAUCCAUUGAGAUGAGCAUCUAAAAAGAGGUCUUACCCAAGAUAUUUUUUGCUUGUAGCAAUAAUUGUUUAGUACCAGAAGCGUCCAGUCUGAUGGUACCCUGUCCAUUUGGGAACAUCGCUCUCAUAAUUCUGCAUACUUCCCACCAGUUCAUCUUACACACCUGGCGAACCAGUAGAAUGUUAUUGCCAAAUGCAGAACUCUGUUCUGUAUUUGGGGAAUGUAACUGAUAUCCGUCUGGACUGAUGUAGCUGGUGAAAACGCCUCUGCCCCCCAGAGAUGAGGGAAUCCUAGGGCUUUACAGAUACUGUCAUUCCAACUUACCUUUGCAUUUGGACAUCAAAAGCUAUCUUGUACGUGCAAGGAUAAGCCUAAAUAUACUUCCACAAUGCCUGAUAAAACUGAAGACAGAGCAGUUGCAGCUUUUGUUUAUUAAGAUUUCCAGUGGCUAUUUCUGCCUUGAAAUAACAGGCAUGUUCUGAACAUGCCAAUUAACACACCUUUACAAUCAGUUUGUAUUAUAUUCAAAUCAAGCAGACAUUUACAGGGCAUGUAUAGCUUAGGUUUCUCUGAUACUCUGAGGAAUGCAAAAGACUCAUUAAUCCUCAUUGUUCUGGGAUUUGUUGUUUCCCCUUUUGGCAUACUCAGCCUAUUAUUUCUUAGCCUUGGUUUUUCCCUCUGCAGCGCCAUUAAUUAAUGCUGAGCUGGAAUAAUUUGUGGAUGGCAAACAAGGCUGUACUACAUAACAGCCAAAAUAUCUUGGGAGGGUAAGUGGGUUAGGAUGCUCAUGGGCCAAUAUCCAUUAUCUCUACUGGAGUGACCCAGAAUGAUCUAGUUAUGUUACAGUAUUUGUUGGGUAAAUAUAUACACCCACCCUCUUUAAAAUAAAUAUGAAAAAGUCCAUCCUGCAAGCUUCAGACAAUCCCACCCAUUACUUGCUUGGGAGCCUUCUAAGCUCCAUCAGAGCAAAUGGAUCCAACCUCCCAACCUGGACCCCUUUUGGUUCCUAGUCCCACUCAAUUUUAGAAAAUAGCUCUCAGCAUGUUAUACAAUGCCUGGAGCACAAAAAAAAAAAAAAAGCUGUACACGUCAGCUUCAGAAUAAUGUGAAUAACAAGGGACUCUCCUCCCAAUUCAUGAGCGUGAUGGAAAGGAAGUAGGACUGGGAUUGUUUUUGAAGCAUUCCAGUGUCUGAAAAAGCCAACUCCAAAGACUGAGAGAGGCAGGAGGAGAAAUCUGAUCUAGAGUUUUAACAUCCAUUUCUGAACUCAAGAGAGGGAGAAUUGCCACACUGUACUGUAUGGCAGGGGGCUGUCAUUUGGACAAUAUUGAUCUUCCUCAACUAAAAAACUAGGUCCAUACAUGUGUGGUGGGGGCUGGGGAAAAAAAAUCUGAAGCCCACAUGCCAAUCUUACUUUCCAUAAUACAUAAAAAGUGAAUUUUGCAAAGUAUAGGUAUGCAAGUUGCAGGAUUCACACAAGUACAAGAUUUAGAUUUAUUUCAAAGAGUGCAAAAUACCCUGUGGCCUGAGAACAAUUAACUAGUAGAAUGGCUUACUUCCAAAAGUUGUGGAUGCUCCAUCAUGGGAGAUUUUUAAGAAGAGACUGGGUAGCCAUUUGUCCGGAAUGGCAUAGGGUCUCCUGCUUGAGCAAGGAGUUGGACUAGAAGACCUCCAAGGUCCCUUCCAGCUCUUAUUUUCUAUUCUGUAUUCUGCUACUGUGAUGAACAAGAGACUAGAGCAUAAAAUGCCUUUAAGAAAAGAGUAAAAAGCAAAUGAGACGUAGAUCUUAAACCUCAAAGCUCAAAGAGACAGUCCUCCUUCCCUUUUUGCGACAUAUCUUAACUUGCCACAAAACAGACUUUUACUACAAGAGACUCUUCUAAACAGGUGUGUGCAAGUGCCUAGAGACCAAGCAGACAAAGCUCUUUAAAAAACCCUCCUUAAAUUGAAGGUUGCUAUCCAUUAUUGCAUUAUUAACCAUAAAGCAAAAGUUUGGAAAAAUGAUUUAAAAAAUCAAGUAAUGUUGGCUACAGAGCAGUGGUGGGUUGCUCCCGCAUCUUUAGAACCGGUAGCUCUGCCCACCCGCCCAGACAUCAUAAUUGACAAUCUGCGCAUGCGCAGAAGUGCGAGUGAAGUGUGCACACGCUUGCACUCCCGUUGCGAACCGGUAGUAAAGGUAAGUAGAACCCACCCCUGCUAACACAGCUGUACAGUCAUUUACUUCUUGGGCAGGUUUAAUCCAAAUCCAACAUUCAUUGGAAAAAAUUAAAAGAAACUAUCCUCCAAGAUUCGUUUUGAUUUAUGAACGAGAAGCCUCUUGGGGGAAAAACAAAUUUAAUGGCAGGGGUACUACUAUUCCUUAUUUUACCAUGGGGAGAUAUUUGGGAAUCAGAAUUGAGAAGAAUUUGAGGAGCCAUGGGUAGAUCUCCUCCUUGAGUAGACAUUUGAGGCAAAGCAAAAGGAGAAUUUUACCAAGAAAAGGCAGGCCACUGUUGAGUAUUUCCAGAUUCUUAGCAUCCCUCAAUCUCAUUGGGUCUCACAUCCUCCAAAAAAUAUUCUGUGUAGAUGUCCUGCACCUGUCUGGAUUUUCAGCAACUAUCAGGCGGUAUUGGUCCACAUUGGUACAUGCAGAAAUGAUGGUGCUGGCUUUAGAUAGUUGAGAGCUGUACCCAUGCACCUGGAGGGGUUUUGUGUGUGUGUGUGUGUGUGUGUGUGUGUUGUGUGUGUGUGUAUUCUCAUUCUUCCACAUUAAAUGAAAUGCAAAUCUGUCAGCUACACAGUGUGAUUCUAGCUUGCCACUGCCAUAUUCCAUUUUCUAAGGCAAAGACAGAACCAUGACAAAAGAGCAGGUACAGGAAAUAGUAAGUAGUUACAGCCAAGUUUGGUCUCUUAAGUUUCAUUUCCUUGAUUUCCUUAUCUAGUUACCUUUGAAAAGGCUGCCCCUAUAGGUAUAUGGUCUAUAGUAACAGACAGCUGUCAACCCCUGAGAGACUGCAUGAGGUCAGAACAAGAGCUAUGUUUUGGGUUAAUGAUCUUCUUUGAAACAGAGAGAAAUAGAGAAGGGUGGGCUAUUUACAGUGUAUUUUAUUGAUACGGGUCAUAAUUGCUGUAUUUUUUAUCAGUGCUGAGUUCCAUACAGCUCCCAGCAUGUGUGUCAAAUACCAUUGGUCCAAUAACUAUUAAAAAUAAAACAUUUUUAAAAUAACAUAA